UUAUGUCUGGACGUGGUAAGCAAGGAGGCAAAGUUCGUGCCAAGGCCAAGACUCGCUCUUCUCGCGCCGGGCUCCAGUUCCCCGUGGGCCGAGUGCACCGCCUGCUCCGAAAGGGCAACUACGCCGAGCGGGUCGGGGCCGGCGCGCCGGUUUAUCUGGCGGCGGUGCUGGAGUACCUGACGGCCGAGAUCCUGGAGCUGGCGGGCAACGCGGCCCGCGACAACAAGAAGACGCGCAUCAUCCCGCGCCACCUGCAGCUGGCCAUCCGCAACGACGAGGAGCUCAACAAGCUGCUAGGCAAAGUCACCAUCGCUCAGGGCGGCGUCCUGCCCAACAUCCAGGCUGUACUAUUGCCCAAGAAGACCGAGAGCCACCACAAGGCCAAGGGCAAGUAAGGCCUCAAGAGCAACGCCUUCGAAACCAAAGGCUCUUUUCAGAGCCACCUACUUUUUCUGCGGAGGA